AUGGAUUUUCUCAGCAAUCUACCUGACGAUCUUGUUUGUCAUAUCUUGUCCUUCCUUACGACCAAUGAGGCUGCUUCAACAUCUCUUCUCUCAAAGAGGUGGUACAAUCUGUUUGCACUUGUUCCUAAUCUUGACAUCGAUGACACUGUGUUUCGAUAUUCUAAUUGCAUGUCGAGCUUCAUAGAUUUUGUGGAUAGAGUAAUUGCAUUGCAGGGUGAUUCUCCCAUUAAGAGAUUUUCCCUCAAGUGUCAAGCUGUACGUGUGUAUCCAUGUCUUGUUGAUCCAUGUCGUGUGAAUAGUUGGAUAAGUAAUGUGCUGCAGCGUGGUGUUUCGGACCUUGAUCUUGCCAUCAAUAUAGAUAUGAAAUAUUUUUUGCCUCCAAAUAUCUUCCACAGUGGGACACUAGUUGAGCUGAAAGUAAGAAGUGAUGAUUACUUGUAUCUUGAGCGGUGCACUGGCCGUGAAGAUACUUUCUUACCACUGCUUAAAACGCUAGUUUUAAAACUGGCUUUUAUUAGUUGUGGCAAGAUGGAGAUGUUUCUUCGUUCUUUCCCUGUGCUUGAAGAAUUAUCCAUUGAUGCUACUGAAUGGAUCGUGUGUGAUGAAUACGUGUCAAGUGAAACCCUAAGGAAGCUAACGAUCAAUUCAUACGGUUUUGGAGAGGAGAUCAAUCUACCUGACGAUCUUGUUUGUCAUAUCUUGUCCUUCCUUACGACCAAUGAGGCUGCUUCAACAUCUCUUCUCUCAAAGAGGUGGUACAAUCUGUUUGCACUUGUUCCUAAUCUUGACAUCGAUGACACUGUGUUUCGAUAUUCUAAUUGCAUGUCGAGCUUCAUAGAUUUUGUGGAUAGAGUAAUUGCAUUGCAGGGUGAUUCUCCCAUUAAGAGAUUUUCCCUCAAGUGUCAAGCUGUACGUGUGUAUCCAUGUCUUGUUGAUCCAUGUCGUGUGAAUAGUUGGAUAAGUAAUGUGCUGCAGCGUGGUGUUUCGGACCUUGAUCUUGCCAUCAAUAUAGAUAUGAAAUAUUUUUUGCCUCCAAAUAUCUUCCACAGUGGGACACUAGUUGAGCUGAAAGUAAGAAGUGAUGAUUACUUGUAUCUUGAGCGGUGCACUGGCCGUGAAGAUACUUUCUUACCACUGCUUAAAACGCUAGUUUUAAAACUGGCUUUUAUUAGUUGUGGCAAGAUGGAGAUGUUUCUUCGUUCUUUCCCUGUGCUUGAAGAAUUAUCCAUUGAUGCUACUGAAUGGAUCGUGUGUGAUGAAUACGUGUCAAGUGAAACCCUAAGGAAGCUAACGAUCAAUUCAUACGGUUUUGGAGAGGAGAUGUUGAGUCUGAAGAGCAUUUCUUUUGAUACACCACGUCUGGUUUACUUUGACUAUUGUGAUUAUGUUGCAGAGGAUUAUCCAAAAGUUAACUUGACUAAUGUAGUUGAGGCUCUACUCAACCUUCGCUUAACUGAAGACCAGUAUAGGCAAGCAAGAGCGCAAAAGGACGAUCAGGAUGAUGUUCUUCUCCGUUUUCGAAAUGUGUGGAAGCUCUUGAGUGGCUUAAGACAUGUUCAGAAACUCUACUUAUCUUGCUAUACUCUCGAGUCAAAGGUCAUCUUGAUGUUUCAAGUAUAUUAG